UGACGUCACACGACUCGAGGGGCGGACAGGGAAGGGUUGCUAUGAGUAACGGGUGGUGCGCCGCUCAAGCCCUGGCCCGGCUUCCUGCGCGCCAUUUUUAAACCGCGUCUCUGCCCGCCGUCCCCAUCCCCAACAUAUCCCAUAGUCCCUCACUGUGACCUCCGGCGUCUAUGUCCGUCCCAGUCCAGUAGCGGACAUGAGGCCUUAAGAGUCGGCUGUGACGGUAGACAUCCCUGUCCUGAGCCGACUCUGAAUUCAGCAUUAUAGAAACUCCUUAAUGUAAAGAUCGUCACAAUGAGUACUGCUGCAGAAAGGAAAUUUAUCAACCUCCGAAAACGCCUGGACCAGCUUGGCUACAAGCAGCCGCUGGGCAUUGAGUCGCUGCCACUUGUUGAAAAACUCUUCAGUGACCUUGUUCAUACUACAGAAAGUCUCCGCAAUACAAAGUUAAAUGUUGGCAAGAAUGAGAAGGAGAACAAGAACUUGGAUGCGUUGAUAGAACCUUACAAGGCUGAAAAUGCCAGACUUGUCAGAGAAAACAAUGAACUCCACUUAGAGCUCCUGAAGAUCAAAGAGGAAUCUGAUCGCCACAUUAAAGAUUUGAAAGCUUCUCUGAGAAAAUUUGAACACCAAACCGCUGACCUGAAAUUUUUAAACAACCAGUAUGUCCAUAAAAUCCGAUCAAUGGAAAAAGAAAGCAAAGCAAAGGCAGAAAGGAUUCAGCAACUUCAAGAGAAGAAUCUGCAAGCUGUGGUGCAGACACCAGGUGGAAAAAAAAGAAACAUUCCUUUUAGACGUCAGCGCAUGCAAAUUGAUCAGCCAGUCCCACCAUCAGGAAUAAAUGGGCACCCUGUCCCACAGCCAGAAGAUCCAUAUGUUGCUGAUCUACUUCAGGUUGCAGAUGACAGAAUUCAAGAACUACAGCAAGAUGUCACCACUCUGCAAGUUAAGUUAGAGACAUCAGACAGAGCAGUGAAGCAUCUUACCCAUCAGGUUGAAUUAAGAGACACAGAAUUAGAGCGAUUGGCACUAGCAUUGGAUGGUGGGCGCUCUCAUGAUGUUAUUUCUCUGGAAGCCAGAUAUAGAAGUAAUGAGAAACUUGUUGCCCACCUCAAUCUGCAAAUCGAAUACCUUCAGCAAGCAAACCAGGACCUUGAAAAACGUGUCCAAGAGCUCCAAGAAACAAGACAAAAUGUAACCAGUGAAGUAGCAAACCUAAGCACCAAAAAUGAAGAACUCUGUAAAGAACUGUUGGAGAUAGACCAAAUGGCACAGCAGCUGGAGAGAGACAAGGAGACAGUAUUGGUGACUGCAGAUGCUGAAAUUGAAGAGGCAAAAGUUGAAGUGAAAAGGCUUCAUAUUGAAAUCAACAGACUUGAAAGCACCUUAUCUCAGUAUAAGUCAGAUCUAAGUACUUGUGAAUAUGAGAAGAAUAAACUAGCUGAUGAGUUAGAGACAAGAAAGGAUGAAAGUCGUAAAUUAGAGUCCCUCCUGAACCAUGCAGAGAAUGAAAAGCAGCGGCUUUCAAGUAAACUUGAAAAGCAGAUGGUAACAGAAAGGGAAAUGGUGCUUGAGAUUGAGAGGAUGCGGACAAAACAUGGCAUUUUACGAACUGAUCGGUCACCUUCUCGACUAGAUUCAUUUGUUAAAUCCCUGGAAGAAGAAAGAGACCAUUAUAGAAUGGAGGUGGAGAAACUGGAGCGAGCGCUUAAUCUGAGAUCUAGCAACCGGAGUUAUUCUCUGCAGGAUGCCAGCAGAACACAGAGUUCUCCAGGAAAGGACUCAGGAUCCAAUGCACAACUUAGGCGUCUCACCAGGGAAAGAGACGAUCUCCAGAACAUGUUAGAUAGGUUUGAAAAACAUAUGGUUGAGAUCCAGUCCAAUGUCAAAGUGCUAACAAUGGAGAGAGAUAAAUUCCGAUUACUUUAUGAGCAGGCCCAGAAUGAGCUGACGUUGACUAAACAAGACUUGUCUCCUUUCCGCAAAAGUGCUCAAUCAGGCAGCGAAUUGCGCCAUCUUGUGGAAGAAAGAGAUCUAGUCCAGUCAGACUUAAGACAAAUUCAGGAUGAGAAUGAGGGACUCAGAGACAAAAUGAAGGUUCAGCAGGAAGUUUUCACCUCAGAGAGGUUUACGCUGGCCCAAAAGACUACUGACUUAGAAAGCACAAUACAUAUGCUGGAAACAGAACGGUUGGAAUUAAAAAGCUCCAUAUCUGAGCUGAAGGAGAAGAUAUCAUCUUUAGAUAACAUAAACCGAUCACAAUCCAUUACAUUGGCCCAGACACAGGAAGAUUCUUCACAGUAUAAAGCUGAAUUAAUUUCUGUAAGGUUAUUGAAUGAGCAACUUCAGAAGUCUAUGGAAGAACUCCAGCAUCGUCUUAUUGUAAAAUCCAAUGAGAUACAGUUAUCACAGGAAGAGAUAGGGACUUUGGAAGAAAGAAUAGGUGAAUUAAAUCACAAGGUAUCUGUUCAGGCAACUGAAAUUACUGCUCUAAAGAACACAAUUUCUGUCUUGGACAAGGAAAAAGAUAACCUACAGGAAGAAGUGGAUGAGAAGACAGAACGUGUAGCUUGCUUAGAUGAGAAUCUAGGCAAUAAAGAAAAAUCAGUAACUAACUUACAGCAAACCCUUUCCCAGCUUGAGGCUGCUGUUGACCAAUUGAAAGACUCCCUUAGUAACAAAGACCGGGAGCUAGCAAGUCUUCGUCGCCAACUUGACUCUGCCCAUUCAGAUCUUACAGAAAAUGUGAAGUUGAGAGAAAUUUCUCUGAAGGAGAAUAGAAGAUUGCAGAAUGAUUUGGCCACCAUGGCUAGAGAGAACCAGACUGUUACACUGGAAUUAGAAAAUGCAAUACAUGAAAAAGAAGAACUAAAACUAAGAGUUCACAGUUACAUUUCUGAGGUCUCUAGAAUUGAAACAUUAAUGGCUUCCAAGGAACAAGAGAAUCGAGAUCUUUUGGAUCAAUUCAGAAUGGUUCACAGCCAAGCUGAGGAAUGGGAAGUUAAGGCACAAAAUGCUAUUGGUGAAAGCAGUUCUAUAAAAAUGGAGCUGCUCUCUGUAGAUACUGAUAGAAGGCAUCUUCGAGAACGACUAGAAGACCUGGAAAAUGAAGUCCAAGAGCACAUGAAUGCUCAUCAGGCUUAUGAGGCUCAAAUAUCUUCCAUGGCCAAGGCCUUGUCCAAAUUUGAAGAGCAACUUAGACAUGAGCAAGAUGAGAAGGCUUUGAUUUUGUCUGACCUGGCAUCUGUUAGAGAACUCUGUGUAAAGUUAGACUCUAGUAAAGAACAGUUCUCUAAGCAACUAACUACACGAAACAUGGAGUAUGAAAGAGUCCUAGAUGAAUUGGAAGAUAUGAAGUCUGAAGCUGAACUUUUAAAGAAACAGUUAGCAAGUGAGAGACUGACAAUUAAGAACCUGGAGACUUUGCUGGCCAGUAACCGAGAGAAGGAGUUCCAGAGUCAUCUUAGUUCCCAUGAGAAAGAAUCAGAAAUUCAGCUGCUGAAAGAUAAACUGACCCUAGCUGAGAGUAAGCUUAACAGUCACUCCCGGGAAGCAACCAUGCUUCGUAACAAACUUACUCAGUUGCAGUCUGACUACGAUAUUGCAAAAAGACAACUUACAACUGAAAGAUUUGAAAGGGAGCGUGCAGUCCAGGAGUUACGGCGUCAUGGUCUGUCUACAUCAUCCAUCCGUACCUCAUCACCUCUUACUUCAACAAUGAAGUCACCUGCUUUAUCUCCAGAGCGCUCCAUAUUAAGACCCGUGGAUCGAGGAUCUGAUAAGUUGGCAGAAAAGAGUGUAAGUUUCAAAGACUGAUGGUUCUGGAACGAGGAAAAGAGACAAACUCUGAAUGAUUCUAUAUCUUUAGGUAGUCUUGUUAUGCGUUCAUUUUUGUAUUGUAAUUUCAUGCUGCAUUUGCACAGCAUGAACUUCAUAUAAAUCAGGUUAGUAAUACCUCACCACCGUUCUUGUAUUACUAUACAUAUUGGAACAUAAUUUCAUCCUAAUCCAUGGAAGAGCAGCAAAUAACAUUCAGUAAACAUCCAUAUGAAGGACAUUAUACAGUUACUGAGUAAUGGAACUUGGUGAUGCUUAGUCUAUAGCAGUGUUUCCCAACCAGGGUGCCUCCAGAUGUUGCAAAACUACAACUCUCAGCAUGCCUGGACAGCCUUUGGCUGUACAGGCAUGCUGACAGUUGUAGUUUUGCAACACCUGGUUGGGAAACACUGGUCUAUAGGAUGUGGCCACCAGCCAUAUUACAGUAACAUUUAUGUUGAGGACCUUAAAGGGGUACUCCAAAGGAAAACUUUUUAUUUAUUUGAUUUUUUUUUUAUCAGCUGGUGCCAGAAAGUUAAACAGAUUUGUAAACUACCUCUAUUAAAAAAAAUCGUCAUCCUUCCAGUACUAAUUAGCUGCUAUAUACUACAGAGAAAGUUCUUUUCUUUUUGUAUUUCUUUUUUUUUUUUUUUUUCCUGUCCACGGUGCUCUCUGCUGACACCUGUCCGUAUCAGGAACUGUCCAUAACAUGAGCAAAUCCUGAUAGCAAACCUAUGCUGCUCUGGACGGUUUCUGAUACAGAUAGAGGUGUCAGCAGAGAGCACUGUGAACAGAAAAAAAAUCCAAAAAACAUAAGAACUUUCUGGCACCAGUUUAUAAAAAAAAAUGUUUUUCACCGGACAACCCCUUUAAGAUCCAGUGCUGGUGACAUUUGAAAACAUUUAGGGAGUUAUAUAUGCUACAAAGGUGAAUCCAGAUGGAAGUGAAAUGCAAUGGAUUUUACCCACGGAAUAGCACAGGUAGAUCCUGGAUUACAGUAUGAACAAGUGGGCGAUAUUUUACAACUAUGAUUCAUACCACAUUCUCUGUUUGCCUCACAAAUAUAUAAGCAUUCUCUCUCCUGUUAAAGCUGCAGCAUGAUGUUUUUAUUGCAGCUUUGUUGUAGACUUUCAAUGCUGAUUUUAGCACUAUCCCUAUUGGUGGGAAAUAAAAUUGUGGCACAUCUGCAACAAAGUCCGCAUGUAACGUGUACAUUGAUCUGUUUCUAGCUAGAUCCGCAGUGGGUAACACUUCAUACUGUUUUUAAGAAGUAUUCAGUUGCUUCAAAAGUCAUUUUUUUUUCUCAAAAUUUUAAAGGUUCUCUGCUUUUUGGAUGUUCUUGUAGUCACAAUGUAGGGGAUUUAUUAAAACUUGUGCAUAGGAAAAGUUGACCAGUUUUAAUCAUUCAGAUCACUUAUUUCAUUUUUAAAAAGACCUGCUAAAUUUAAUAAGCGAUCUGAUCGGUUACUAUGGGCAAGUGAUCAACCUUUCCUAUGCACAGGUUUUGAUAUAUCUCCCCAAAUAUAGAGCUGCUUUUUGGGACGUAUUUUCAACAGUUUUUUUGGCCUGUAGUAAUUUGAUCCAUAGCAGCUCAAAAUAUUGCUGUAUUUUUGGCACAUAAAUGGCUGAACAAAAAGGGUCCAACACCUUUAUGGCCGUAACUAUUACAGUGAUAAAAUGAAUAAAUGUUUACGUAAUCAACAGCCCAAAAAACAAAGAGACACAUUACCACCUUAAAGCAAAUCUCAGGUGUUUCAUUUGCACAAUGAACUUGAUACUGUAAGUAUAUGGUGUCCUCUCAGUGUUUAAUGCAAAAAAUGAGCUUUUAAUGCAUGAUCCUACAAAACGUUCACCUUCAUAUGUCUACAGGAUGCCCGUAAGUUGUCUACUUAGUGGGCACUGGGAACUGUCAGGCUUUAUAUUUACACUAUAUACCGUAUGUAUUUAAUAUUUUUGUGCUAAAAUGCAGAUAUUUUAUAUAUAAAUAUAUAUUUUAUAGGGUAUGUUCACACGUGCAUCUUUUUCCUACAGAUAUGCUGCUGCAGAUUUUGUUGCCCAUUUACAUCAAUGGAUAGCAAAAUCUGCAGCAGAAAAUCCGCACUUGUGAACAUACCCAUAUAAAAUAUUUUGUGACCAAAAGCUUCAAAACCUCAUAUUCUGACCAUGAUAUUACUUGAUAUCAGCCAAUCUCAUGUUAAUAAUGUGCUGAGAUGUUUACUGGUGCCUUAAACAAAUUAUGACUCUUUUCAGUUUGACAAAAAAUUUUCUUUCACUUCCUUUUACUGUUUAUAAAUGUGAAUAAUGUAAAACAUGUUUUAAUGUAAUAUUGGUCAAUUGUGAAUUUUUACUGCAUUGUAAUAUAUGCCUGACUGUCCUUGUCUAUUUAUUUUUGUAUGAAUUACUAUUUAUAACAAAAUAAAUGUCUUAAUUUUUCGAUUUUGUGCACUUUGAUGUAAUGGGAGGAAGAAUUUUACUGAACUAAACUAAUUUCUAUUAAUGUUUUUUUCUUGUUGCACAUGGAGGAGAUUGUCAUGUUAAAACAAGUAGUGAGGGGAAGGGACUAUUACAUGACC